UGCUUCCGGCGUCAGGGGAAGGAAACAGGAAGUAAGGCCCAGUGAGCCGUGCUUGCCUUUUCCCACCUCCACUUUUCUGCUCUGACUUCCUUUUCUUUCUCGUGUGCUGUUGACGCCGGCCUUGCCUUACCGUAGCUAUGAAACCUAUCCUGCUUCAGGGCCAUGAGAGGGCGAUUACUCAGAUCAAAUAUAACAGAGAAGGUGACCUGUUGUUCACAGUGGCCAAAGAUCCAAUUGUCAAUGUUUGGUACUCUGUCAACGGUGAGAGGAUGGGCACAUACAAUGGACAUACUGGAGCUGUCUGGUGUGUUGAUGCUGACUGGGACACGAGGCACGUGCUAACAGGUUCUGCAGACAACAGCUGUCGUCUCUGGGACUGCGAAACAGGCAAGCAGCUGGCUCUGGUCGAGACCAACUCCGCUGUCCGGACUUGUGGCUUUGAUUUUGGAGGGAACAUCAUCAUGUUUUCCACAGACAAGCAAAUGGGAUACCAGUGUUUUGUCAGCUUCUUUGACCUGCGGGACUCCAGCCAGAUUGAGAACAACGAGCCUUAUAUGAAGAUUCCAUGCAGUGAAUCCAAAAUCACCAGUGCUGUGUGGGGGCCUCUCGGAGAAUUCAUCAUUGUGGGGCAUGAAAAUGGAGAACUGAACCAGUUCAGUGGAAAGUCUGGGGAGGUCCUCGUGAAUAUCAAGGAGCACACAAAACAGAUCAAUGACAUCCAGACCUCCCGAGACAUGACUAUGUUCAUCACAGCUUCCAAGGACAACACAGCCAAGCUGUUUGACUGCACGACGCUUGAGCACCUGAAGACAUUCCGGACCGAGCGGCCGGUAAACUCAGCUGCGCUCUCACCCAUCUUCGAUCAUGUGGUGUUAGGUGGUGGCCAGGAAGCCAUGGAUGUGACAACUACUUCCACUAGGAUCGGCAAGUUUGAGGCCAGGUUCUUCCAUUUGGCCGUCGAGGAAGAGUUUGGAAGAGUCAAAGGUCACUUUGGGCCCAUUAAUAGUGUUGCUUUCCAUCCUGAUGGAAAGAGCUACAGCAGCGGCGGUGAAGACGGCUAUGUCCGUAUCCACUAUUUUGAUCCCCAAUACUUUGAGUUUGAGUUCGAAGCCUGAAGAGGCUCCCUCCUACUCCUCUCCCCCUUUCUACAGCUGCCCUUCCGGGCUCUUUAAUCUCACCAGGGCCUGAGGUUGGGCUUGUUCCCAAGGGAAGCACGGUGGAGCCACCUGAGACGAGGCAGAGUGCGCACUGGUGGCGACUGCAGCUUGUCGCCUGGUCCACCUCUCUGCUUCCUCAUGGGGACUGUGGAUUUCUUACCCUUUUGGCAUAUUUAUAGAAGUACUACAAAAGGAAGUAAAAUAAACACUCUUUCUCCAACCCAAA